AUGGGGCGUUUUACCCAUUCUGGUGUUACCACCGAACCUUUUGCCGGCACUAUUAUUCUCUUUGAUCUCAUUAUCUCGAGCCCAGCUGCUGUGCACCAAGAAAUUCUGAAGGAUAAGGUUCAUGCUGUUCGUGACGGUCUUCUAGCUCAUUUACAUCAGGAAAUUCUAAAGGAUGAGUCUCAUAAUGUCUGUGAUGCUCCACUAGCUCAUGUGACUCAAGAAAGUUGA